CUGUAAACACGUGUUCAACGAAAAACAUAUAAAACCAUCUAGAUAAAAGUUUCAUGAGCAUUUGAAUCUCUAAAACGCGUGUUUAAAAUCAAGUUGCGAUUUGUGAUUAGGUGUACCUGAGAAUUUCAAAAAUGGAGAAAGCCAAGAAGACAAAAUCAGCUUCAAGGCAGUGGCCGGGACAGAAAGAAUUUCAGCAAGCACAACUUCUGGAGUUUAUCCAUCACGAUUACGAAUCCGCACGCCGUUAUUACGAGAAAGCAUGCAAAGUUGGUAAUCCCUUUGCCCAGUAUCAAUAUGGCUUGUGGUUUAUGGACGAUAAAGGCGAACGAAUUAAGCCUGACGAUGUAAAAGCGAGAAGGCUGUUCGAAGCCUCUGCAGAAAAUGGCCAUGGCGUCGCUCAAGUUGCUUUGGCGCAAUUGUAUGAAACCGGCCGUGGUGGAUUGAAGAAAGACGAGUCAAAAGCCUUCUAUUGGUAUAAGGAAGCUGUAAAAAAUCCUGCGUCGAUUGCUAAAGAAAAUAUUGGAAAGAUUAAUAACAAGAUUGGUAUGAUGUAUAUGGAGGGUGUUGGCACGAUGAAGGAUGUUACCAAAGCUAUAAAAUGGUUCAAGAAAGCUGAAUCAUAUUCUAGUUUGCCUCCACCAUUUCAAUCUCUUAUCGAAACUCUUGCCCAAAUCAAUCCAGGUGCUCCUCGCCAGAAAGAGGCAGAUAAAAGAUGGAGUGUAAUGAGUGAUUAUAUUGACAAAUUACCCCAAGAUGAAAAACCCAAAACAUUUGGUUCAUGGACUAAAGUUAUGAAGAAAUGUGGCUAUGGAGUUCAUGAGCAAUAUAUUCUUCAAACUAAUGAAAAUACACCAUGCAACUUCCCAGAAUUCUUGGAGCUGAGUGGUGGUAGUUUCCAAACUUUGGAAACGUACGAGUUGCAGGAUGUUAAAGAACCAAAGCGAAAAUGUGGUUAUUGUGAUAAAGAAGAAGGCGAUGAUGUCACAUUAAAAUUAUGUUCCAGAUGUGCGCAACCAUAUUGUAGUAGAAUUUGUCAGAAAAGUGACUGGCGUGCACAUAAACCAGUCUGUAAUGCUGUUCAUGAGAAUCUAUGAUGCUGCAAGAGUUGAAAAUUAAAGUUUAUAAUAGAAAAUAGCAAUAGAAACAUAAAAAAGUUAUGUUAGGUCUAAGACUUCUGUGUUUAGUUGUUAAGUUUUGUACAGACUUUGUUAAGUUUUGGGUUUAGUCAUCUAGGGCAGGUUUUUCAUGGUUAAAUUUUGCAACAUUUUGAACUGGAUAGACAUGCAAAAACACCACCAGAGAGAGAGAGAGAGAGAGGGGGGUUAUAUAAGCUUUGAUCACCCAGUACAAACUGUAAUUAAUAUUUUGUUACAUUGGUCUAUUUUGAAAUAUUUGCGCUUAGCGCAUUUUCAAAUAUAUUAAGAA